AUGGAGAAGGGCGCGGUGCGCGUGGCGAUUGCCAACAGCUGCAGCACCGGCGUGAGGGAGCACCACUGCCAGGGCGCGCCAGAGGGCCGAGACGCCGCGGGCUACGCGGGCCUGCUCGGCGCGCACGCGGGCGCCUACCCGGUGGGCGCCUCGGUGGAGUGGGAGGCCGGGGACACGGAGGGCCGGGUCACCUGGAGGUGGCGCACGCGGCAGCUGGCCGGGCACGACCCGGAGCCGCUGCUGCAGCUGGCCUACCCAGUCCACUGGCCGCUGCUCUCCGAGGACGCCAUGAACUCCGUUCAGGGCGAGGCCCGCAACAGCCCCUUCCGCGACCUCAGGGGCCCCUCGCGGCCGGUGGUGGGGGACUCCUGGCUGCUGACCUACCCGCUCUUCCCGGACGUCGGCCUGUACGCACCGCGGCCAGUGGCGGCCGGCUUGAAGGCCGAGAUGCUGGAGGCCCUGCGCGGGCCUGGCGGGUCCCUCGGCUCGCUCUGGAACGGCAGCAUGCCGGACUGCGACUUCGACCUGCCGCUGAACUACCGCCUAGGUGUUGGAGACACGUACUUUUCUGGCAAGAUGCUGGCGAGGCUCGCGAGGCUCGUGGUGAUCGCGGACGAGCUGGGCGAGUCCAAGAAGCCGUACUUCGCCAACAUGGUGAAGCGCCUCACCGACAGAAUAGAGGUCUGGCUCCGCGAGGACUCGGAGGCCCCUUUUGUCUACGACGCCGUCUGGGGCGGCCUCCUCUCGUGCGGGUGCCUCUACGACGACUGCGAGGGCACGUGCGAACCGCACUGCUCGAACAAGGGGGGGCCAGCAGACGAGUGCCCGGCGCUGGAUAUGCCGGGCAUGAAUUUCGGCAACGGCUACUACAAUGACCACCACUUCCACUACGGGGGGACCGCGGACUUUGUCUAUAGCGCUGCAGUGGCGGCCAAGUAUGCCCCCAAGUGGGAGGAGGAGUGGCGUGAGCAAAUCCUGGCCAUAGUCAGGGACUACGCGAACCCCUCGGCCGAGGAUCCGUCCUUCCCCGUUGCCCGCCACAAGGACUGGUUCUUGGGCAUAUCCUGGGCCGGGGGCAUCCCGCAGGCCUACCAGAACGGGCGGAACCAGGAGAGCACCUCGGAGGCCAUCAACAGCUAUUACGCCGUGUACGCCUACGGAUCUUCGGUGCGCGCCCCGUUCGCCAAGCGCCUCAAGGACUUUGGCCGGAUCCUGACCGCCAUGGAGUCCCACGGUGCGGACACCUACUGGCACGUGCGCAAGGGCACCGGGAUCUACGGCGACGACUUCCCCGACCAGGUGAUCGGGAUCCUGUGGGACCAUGUCGUCGAGCACCAGACGUGGUUCGGGGCGGCCCCGUAUAUCGUCAGCGGCAUCCAGCUGCUGCCGAUCAUUCCGGCCAUGGAAAACUACCUCGAUCCGGACUGGGUUCGGGGAGACUCGGCCGUGUACAAGGAGCAGUGCGAGGGGGAUCCAGAGUGCAACAAGGGAUGGUCGUGGCCAAUGUGCCUGGAGCAGGCGGUCGUGGACCCCGCCGCCGCCUACGUCUGCGUGUAUUCGCUGCCGAAGAACGCCUUCCACACGAACAACGCCGCCGCCAACGGCAACUCCCUGACGAACUCCCUCCACUGGAUUGCGACCCGCCCAGAGGCCGCGGACCUCGUGUUCGGGGACGGCGGCGAUUCCUUCGGCGCGAAGGAGCCGGGCCAGGAGGACGCGCAGUCGGGGGAGGGGCCUGCGGAGGAGUCCGAGGGCGAGGCGGCCGCGGCGGAGGGCGAGGAGGAAGAGGAGGAGCCUGCGGAGGAGGAUGCUGGCGAUGAGGACGAUGGCGGAGAGGUCGCGGAGGAGGACGACGGGGGCGAGGGCGAGGCGGCAACCACGACCACGGCAGAGGCCGAAGCGACCACGACCCCUGCUGGCACGACCACCUCUCCGGUGGCCUCCAGCACCGCUGCGCCGACGGAGGACCGCCGUGCGACCCGGCGGUCCACGAAGACGACGACGACGACGUCGAGGGCAGCCUCCACCACGACGGCGCCGUCCUCCACCAGCGAGACGGUGGCGCAGCAGGGCCACGAGGGCCACGAGGCGAUCGCCGACACCAAGGCCGCGGAGAAGACGAAGGUGGCCUCCGAGGACCACGGUGCGGACUCGACCACGCAGGCGACGCCGGGCCCCGCCGCGCAGAACGUCAAGAAGGUCUCGGAGGGAGCCGCGGAGCGGGAGGGCGAGCCCAUCCAGUCUGGAGACGCCGUCUUCCUGAAGGCGCACACGGGCUCCUACCUGGACACGCAGGGCCGAAAGGUCCGCGCGCGCUGGAACAUGCAGGGGGACUGGCAGCGCAUGGUCAUCACGAAGGAAGGGGGUGGCACCAUCUGGUCCGAGGACACCGUCUUCCUGAGAACCCACUCCGGGGCACACCUCAGCGUGGACGGCGACACCGUGGAGGCCCUCUCGGACGUGGUCGGGCCGACGCACGAGCUCGUGCUCUCGAAGGAGUCGGACGACGGCAACGUCUUUCCCGGGGACGUGGUCUUCUUGACCGCUCACACUGGGAAGUGCCUAGACGUCCAAGGUUCUGAAGUGAGCGCUCGCUGGGCGAUGCACGGCCCCUGGCAGGCCUUCACCCUCGAGAAGGCCACCGCGCCAAAAGAGCCCGUCGCCGUCGCCAGCGAGGACGCAGGCGAGGACGCCGACACCGAGGAGGAUCCGCUGAUUCAGUGGGAGAAGUUCGGAGUCGUCAAGAUGGCCCAAGGGUCGCACGGCCCCGCAAAGGAAAGGCUUCAGAACCUGUCGGGGUCCGAUCACCUGAAGAAGGGCACACAAGAACUCACCAAGGAGCAGAAGGCGAGCAUCCUGAGCGUUCUCGGGUCUGGCGCGAUACAGAGGUUCGAGGCUCGCGGCGCAGGCGCCCCCGCGCCCCGGCCGCGCCCUCGGGCGGCCGGCGCCGCCGGGCUGGCCGCCUUCGCGGGCCUCGCGUCCGUGGUGGGCCUGGCGCUGCUGCUCCUCGCGAGGCGGCGCGUCCUGCGGCCCUGGCCGCGGCACGGCCCCAGAGCGGCGGGGUGCGAGUACGAGGAGGCGCCGGCAGGCGGGAGCUCGAGACCGCUGGUCAGCCCGGCCCUCGCCGCACGGUACGUCGAGGUGGAGGGCGCGUGA